AUGGCUGACCACAAGCCAAUGAAGAUUUUAUUGAUUGUACUAACAUGGCUAGUCUUCCUGGGUAUGCUGUUUUUCAAUGCCAUGCAGGGUAUCGCCAGUACGUACCUAAAAGAAUGGAACUUGUUUGUAAGUUCAACUGGAAACAUAUCUGAUGAGUAUUACCUUGAGAUUACACCUGCUGGUUGGACCUUCUCAAUAUGGGGAUUCAUCUAUGCCUGGCAGGUCCUCUGGCUCGGAUACGCAACGUGUGCUCUCUGUAGACGAUCCGCUGAAGGGCCCCUUUACGUGUCACCAGAUAUAUUUCCUUCAUCACUCUUCUUCAUAUACAUGUUCAACAACGCCAAUAACAUCGCCUGGUUGUUCUUGUUUGACAGAGAAUAUAUCCAAUAUUCCCUGAUCGUUAUCGCUUUACUUCCUUUUACCUUAUACAUUAUGAUGUUGAUCUCGUGCAAGCAACUCGACAAGUAUGGCUCUGUCAUGAUUCAACAAGGAAUGGGCAAGGACAUUUGGAUGGUAAGAGUCUUCCUUCAUAACGGACUUGGAAUCUACGCUGCUUGGACCACAAUUGCAACUCUACUGAACUUUGCAAUGGUACUUACCUUUUAUGCCGGCAUGUCACAAGACAUAGCUUGUACCAUCUCACUAGCUGUUCUUGCAAUGGAACUCAUUAUCUACUUCGUAAUAGAUAAUUUCUUGUUUGACAAAUAUCUCCGAUACACCAUCGUCCCUUAUAUUGUUGUCAUAGUGGCACUUAUUGGAAGCAUUGCGAAGAACUGGGACGUCACUAAGAGGAACUCAAUCUUCACAGCUGCACUGUUAGACUUGUUUGUAAGUUCAACUGGAAACAUAUCUGAUGAGUAUUACCUUGAGAUUACACCUGCUGGUUGGACCUUCUCAAUAUGGGGAUUCAUCUAUGCCUGGCAGGUCCUCUGGCUCGGAUACGCAACGUGUGCUCUCUGUAGACGAUCCGCUGAAGGGCCCCUUUACGUGUCACCAGAUAUAUUUCCUUCAUCACUCUUCUUCAUAUACAUGUUCAACAACGCCAAUAACAUCGCCUGGUUGUUCUUGUUUGACAGAGAAUAUAUCCAAUAUUCCCUGAUCGUUAUCGCUUUACUUCCUUUUACCUUAUACAUUAUGAUGUUGAUCUCGUGCAAGCAACUCGACAAGUAUGGCUCUGUCAUGAUUCAACAAGGAAUGGGCAAGGACAUUUGGAUGGUAAGAGUCUUCCUUCAUAACGGACUUGGAAUCUACGCUGCUUGGACCACAAUUGCAACUCUACUGAACUUUGCAAUGGUACUUACCUUUUAUGCCGGCAUGUCACAAGACAUAGCUUGUACCAUCUCACUAGCUGUUCUUGCAAUGGAACUCAUUAUCUACUUCGUAAUAGAUAAUUUCUUGUUUGACAAAUAUCUCCGAUACACCAUCGUCCCUUAUAUUGUUGUCAUAGUGGCACUUAUUGGAAGCAUUGCGAAGAACUGGGACGUCACUAAGAGGAACUCAAUCUUCACAGCUGCACUGUUAGGUACAGCCGGACUUUGCUUCCUGGUCAAAAUUGUCCUCGUUAUUUGGAGGUCAAGGACACGUCCUAUAUUUGAAGGCAAGAAGAAGCCAAUGACCAUGUAGAUAGUAAUUUGACGAUUUGCCCAGUAACAAUGGUUCUUUUACGCAGCAGUCUACUUGCACAUUUGUGUUGGUGAAACUGCGAUUCCAGGUAGUUACAUGAACAUUUUGAUAUACUUUUAAAUAGAAUCACAUUUUUUAGUUUUUACACAUUUGUAUAUGAAAACAUGUAGUACUAAUAAUAAAAACUAUAUAGCAAUAUGUUUAUACUGAUACACGGGCGAGUUUGUAGCUUUAUAAAUCGAAGGUUGAGC